AUGGGCAUUUUAAAACAUGCAGUGGAUUUUGCUUCGGAUGCUGCCGGUCUAGAAAAAACUCUAAGGUUGAUACAAGCUUUGUGUCAGAUAUGUGCAUUUUAUCCGGCGGUUUUGGGGUGGGUGUUGUUGGGGCUGGGGAUUGGGAUGGGGAGAGGAGGGGAGGGGGGUGUAGAUGGUAAGGUGCAAGUGCAAGUUGUGGAGAAGUUGUGGAAGGCGAGGAGGGAGCUUGCUGUUGGACGUCGCUAUAUGCGUUUCUUCCGUUUCAUCAAAAAUUUCUCAAAAGCAUGGGAUAGUUUGUUGAAUGAAGAUGGGAUGAGAAUGUUGAUUAAUGUGGGCAAAUCGGGGUUUAUGGGUGCUUAUUUGGGAUUACCAGCUACCCAACUACCUACCCAGUAUUUUCCUUACCAACCCCUUAGGAGAGAACAGGAUCAGAGAAGGCACUUAGAUAUUAUGGGUGUAUGCGACACCCCUUGGUCCUCAACAUGUGCUCUUGAAGGUAAUAAAUUUUGGUUCUACUCGCUGAGUAUAUCGAUAUUUGGAGGGCUAUGGGAUCUUUACCAUCUGCUCGUCAAUAGCAAUACGACUACAAAGUCCAACCCAUCGGAUAGUUCACAUGAUUCGGAUCUAGCAACAAAACCAAUCGACAAAACACAUGUUAUCGCGGAACAUCCAGGGAAGAAUAACAAAAAGGGAAAAUUCAAGACUGAAAUAUUUCUCAAAAUUAUUGAGAAUGCAGCCGAUCUCUUUCAACCUGGAGCGGGAACUGGGUGGAUCGUUAGUGAUAGGGGUAUUGUAGGUGUGAUGACUGUUAUUAGUACAGUACUUAGCUCAAGGGAUAUUUGGAGGAGAGUUGGGGGUCGGGAAGGGAAAAGGGAAGGGGAGAACGGAGAAAAAUUAGAGCGGAGGGAUAUCUUGAACCUUCUUGCAAUCCAUCAAACAAUCAAUCCUGUCACCACCGCCGCCACCGCCGCCAUUCUUCAAGAUGGAAGACGGCCCUAUAGAUACUGCGCUUUUAUUAAAGAAAAAGUUACAAGAGAUGGUGACGACCAAGGAGAAGUCACCGAAGAGCUUUUCGAAAGUGAGCUCAAGGUUAUUCGAAAGAGAUUAAGACUCAAGAAGCCAGAAGAUACUCCUUUGGAGUAUGAGAUUAGAACUGCAAAUUCGAUUUGCGCUUACUUCUGGCAUGAGAAUGGGAUCAAGAAGGCGUUUGAGCUCUUCCCUGAUGCAUUCGAGUCCAGAUCGAGAUCGAAGGCUCCAGAAGCCAAGAUUGAGAAGGUUGAGAGACCUGUCGUGGCAUCACCACCACCAAGCACAUCUACUACCAUGAUUGCUGGUAUCCCAUUGCUAGAUUGGUUGGUGCUUAAGAAAGAAGAUCCAGAAACUGCCAAGGAGUUGAUGGAAUGUUGGAAGGCUGAGCAAGCGGAGAAAAGGGCCGUAGCUUUGGCAGAGAAAGAGGCUGAAGAGUCAGAGACGAAGAAAGAAGCCGGAGAAGCAGAAGCCAAGGCAAACAAAGAGGCCGAGGAGGCAAAGGCCAAGUCAAAGUCGACGUCGAAGUCGAAUUCUACCGCCAAGGAAGAGGGUUCGGACACAAAUGUUGAUGUCUCGCGCUUAGUCGACAACAGAGCCACCUCAGCGUAUGCGCCAGGUGGAGCAUGGAGAAAUAGAUUGCAGCCUUCUCAAGAUAAUAGAGGUUCUAAAUCGCAAGGUUCGAAUCAGAAAAAUAAAGGCCCAAACCCUCAAGAUCAAGAUGAGAAAGUGAGCAAGCAAGUCGAAUUAACUCUUCCGCUUCGCUCAGAAAUGCACCCGAUGAUGUAUGUCGCUGUCAACUCUCAGCCUGGUCAGGUCUCCAAGAUGUUUGUUGGACCGAAGGGAGAGUAUGUCCAUGAAUUAGAGAAUUACUUCAAGAUUAAUAUUGUAAAGGAUUGGAGAAAGAAUGGGAAGUUCUCGACUAAAUUGAAGAAUCGUCCCGAGACGAGAACAGCUUUGGAGUUUCUCAACAUUCUGUUGAAAGAUCCGGAGCAAGUACCCCAAGAUGGCCCUUUGAAGGAAUUCCUUCAGAAGACCAAGAGAAUUUGA